CAGUACUCAGUGUCUAGUAUUCAUUUGUGGUUGUUUAUUUUGUAAGACAUGGAGUUUAAGAGUUUUGCGGUCGUUCUUUUGGCAGUGAGCGUAAACUGCCGAGUAACAUAUCCAAAACUUCAAGACUUGCAGUCAGAGGGAUCAUUUGCUCAAGCUAUCCACCGGCCUGUUCAUCAUUAUGUAGCUGAAGACCAUCAUGUAGAUUAUUACGCUUACCCAAAGUACGUGUUUAAAUACGGUGUCAACGAUUUUCAUACAGGAGAUAUUAAAACGCACCAUGAAAGUCGCGACGGAGAUGUGGUCACAGGUCAAUACUCUGUGGUCGAACCAGAUGGCGCUAUCCGCACUGUGGACUAUACAGCAGACAAACAUCAUGGUUUCAAUGCUGUUGUCCAUAGAACUGCACCUAUUUCGCCUCAUGAAGCCCAUUUCGUACAUUAAUUGCAUAAGAUAUAGUAUGUCUGACAAAUUAGGAGUAGGGCAAUGACUUUUAGUAAGUGUUUUUUCAUUGAACCGAAUGAUAUUUUAUUAAUACAUACAUAUUUAAUGUUCUAAAAGUGACUGUUAUUAUUGUU